GAGGGAGAGAGAGAGCAUGUGUGCUCAUUAGGGGACGCUCUAUGAUUCGACAGCCUCAUUGUUGCUGCCGCUGCUCCUGCUGCGGCUGUGUGGUCUGUCAGCAGUUGGAAAGAACUGCAAGGGUUUAGAGGAACUGCAGGUCUGAAGACUGAGCGCUGCUAAAUGGUAUCCCCGUCAACAAAGUAGAUGAGACCUCCUGCAGGAUUGGAAACUUGGGCUUAUUACUGCUUCAUCCACCGGGAGAAAGCAGGCAGCGCCACAGAGGAAAAGGGGGAGAGAACCACUGAGAUAAAGGCAGAACACCAGGAAGAGGAUGUUUUGAGAAGUGUUUCAGAGAAACUUCAAGUCACUAAAGAUGGAAAACGAGACAGUAAGUGAACUGAACCAAACACAGCUUCAACCCAGAGCAGUGGUGGCCCUAGAAUACCAAGUGGUCACCAUCUUCCUUGUGCUCAUUAUUUGUGGUUUGGGCAUCGUGGGCAACAUCAUGGUGGUCCUGGUGGUCAUGAGAACCAAGCACAUGAGGACCCCCACAAACUGCUACCUGGUGAGUCUGGCAGUAGCUGAUCUCAUGGUCCUGGUGGCUGCUGGCCUCCCCAACAUAACAGACAGUAUCUAUGGGUCCUGGGUCUACGGCUAUGUGGGAUGCCUCUGCAUCACUUACCUCCAGUACUUGGGCAUUAAUGCCUCCUCUUGUUCCAUCACAGCCUUUACCAUUGAGAGGUACAUAGCAAUCUGUCACCCCAUCAAAGCCCAGUUUCUCUGCACAUUUUCCAGAGCCAAAAAGAUCAUCAUCUUUGUCUGGGCUUUCACAUCGAUUUACUGUAUGCUCUGGUUCUUCUUGCUGGAUCUCAAUAUUAGCACCUACAAAGAUGCUAUUGUGGUGUCCUGUGGCUACAAGAUCUCCAGGAAUUACUACUCACCUAUUUACCUAAUGGACUUUGGUGUCUUUUAUGUUGUGCCGAUGAUACUGGCCACCGUCCUCUAUGGAUUCAUAGCUAGGAUCCUCUUCUUAAAUCCCAUUCCUUCAGAUCCUAAAGAAAACUCUAAGACAUGGAAAAAUGACUCAACCCACCAGAACAAGAAUAUGAAUUCAAAGACCUCUAAUAGAUGUUUCAACAGCACAGUAUCUUCAAGGAAGCAGGUCACCAAGAUGCUGGCAGUGGUUGUAAUUCUGUUUGCCCUUUUAUGGAUGCCCUACAGGACUCUUGUCGUUGUCAACUCGUUUCUCUCCAGCCCUUUCCAAGAAAAUUGGUUCUUGCUCUUUUGCAGAAUUUGCAUUUAUCUCAACAGUGCCAUCAACCCAGUGAUUUAUAAUCUCAUGUCCCAGAAAUUCCGUGCAGCCUUCAGAAAGCUCUGCAACUGCAAACAGAAGCCAGUGGAGAAACCCGCUAACUACAGUGUGGCCCUAAAUUACAGUGUCAUCAAGGAGUCAGAUCAUUUCAGCACAGAGCUUGAUGAUAUCACUGUCACUGACACUUAUUUGUCUGCCACAAAAGUGUCUUUUGAUGAUACCUGCUUGGCUUCUGAAAUAACCUUUAAUCAAAGCUGAUUCAUGAAUAAGAAGAAAAUGGACCACAAAGUAAAUGAGAAUCUGUGCCGUUAUCAGCCCAAGAGGAAACAGCCAAUACUUGUACGUGAAGACAGAGCAGAUAAAGUCUUUGCCAACGUUCUAAUAAAUCCUGGCCCAAGAUACUUUAACACAUGAGAAUGAUUCAUAUUUUCCUUCUAGUAUCACAAAAAUGUUUCACAAAAAAUGAAGCAGAUUUGUGAAAGAGCCAAAUGGUAGAAACUGAAAGUGAAGCUCUUUCCAUUUAAUUUGAGAAACUCACUAUAUUUCCUGGGGCUGUGAAGUUUAGGUAAAAUCUAGACAUCGAUUUAACAUUAUUCAUAAUAAAUGUAACUUCUCAAACUCCCCCAAA